AUGUCACAAGAGUCGCUGGAGAUAAAGGCGAUUGAACAAUGGAAAUGGUCAGAAAUGCAAGGCCUUGAGCUUGUGUCUGAGCCUCCUACUGAUCAUCCCUCGUCUCACUCCCACCCCUUUAAAACCAUCCCCUCAACAACAACAACACCAACUCAAACAUUAAAAACAAACUCAACAGACCAACAACAACAACAACUACAACAGGAACAGGAAAGUGUAGUUGAGAAAAGAGAAAUGGAAAGUACUGAACCAAAGAAAGAUGGGCCUUCCAGUAGUAGUGGUGGUGGUGGGAAUGGAGAGAAGCCGGGUGAUGUGGCUGUAGUUGGAUUCGGAGAGCUGUUUAGAUUUGCUGAUGGGUUAGAUUAUGUGUUGAUGGGAAUUGGGUCAAUGGGUGCAUUUGUACAUGGAUGUUCUUUGCCUCUUUUUCUUCGGUUCUUUGCCGAUCUUGUUAACUCUUUUGGCUCUAAUGCCAAUAACAUGGAUAAGAUGAUGCAAGAAGUUUUGAAGUACGCAUUUUACUUUCUAAUUGUUGGUGCUGCAAUUUGGGCAUCAUCAUGGGCAGAAAUAUCAUGUUGGAUGUGGACUGGAGAGAGGCAAUCAACAAAGAUGAGGAUCAAGUACCUAGAAGCGGCAUUAAACCAGGACAUUCAAUACUUUGACACCGAGGUUCGGACAUCAGACGUUGUUUUUGCCAUUAACACUGAUGCAGUGAUGGUCCAAGAUGCCAUUAGUGAGAAGUUGGGUAAUUUUAUUCACUACAUGGCAACUUUUGUUUCUGGAUUUGUGGUGGGUUUCACUGCUGUGUGGCAAUUAGCACUGGUCACUUUGGCCGUGGUUCCACUCAUAGCUGUAAUUGGAGCCAUCCACACCACCACAUUAGCCAAGCUCUCUGGCAAGAGCCAAGAAGCUUUGUCACAGGCUGGAAACAUUGUAGAGCAGACAAUAGUCCAAAUUCGGGUUGUUUUGGCAUUUGUUGGGGAAUCAAGAGCAUUGCAAGCCUACUCGUCCGCUUUGAAGGUCUCUCAGAGGAUCGGUUACAAGAGUGGGUUUUCGAAGGGACUGGGAUUAGGUGCAACUUACUUUGUUGUUUUCUGUUGCUAUGCUCUUCUUCUCUGGUAUGGAGGUUAUCUUGUUAGGCACCAUUACACCAAUGGAGGUCUAGCCAUAGCUACCAUGUUUGCUGUCAUGAUUGGAGGAUUAGGUAUAGGACAAGCUAUCCCUAGCAUGGGUGCAUUUGCCAAAGCAAAAGUUGCAGCUGCAAAAAUUUUCCGAACAAUUGAUCAUAAGCCAGUUAUUGAUAGAAACAGUGAAUCUGGGAUAGAAUUCGAGUCCGUUACUGGGCUUGUAGAGCUAAAAAAUGUAGAUUUUGCGUACCCAUCAAGGCCAGAUGUUCAAAUUCUGAACAAUUUUUCGCUUAAUGUCCCAGCUGGAAAGACCAUAGCUUUGGUUGGCAGCAGCGGCUCUGGUAAAAGCACUGUAGUCUCACUCAUUGAGAGAUUCUAUGAUCCCAACUCAGGACAAGUACUGCUAGAUGGACAUGACAUUAAGACAUUAAAGCUGAGAUGGUUGAGACAACAAAUAGGGCUUGUUAGCCAAGAGCCUACCUUGUUUGCAACCACUAUUAAGGAAAAUAUACUAUUGGGAAGGCCUGAUGCAGAUCAAGUUGAGAUCGAAGAAGCUGCCAGAGUUGCAAAUGCCCAUUCAUUCAUUAUCAAGCUCCCUGAUGGCUUUGACACUCAGGUAGGUGAGAGAGGACUGCAACUUUCUGGAGGGCAGAAGCAGAGAAUAGCUAUAGCAAGGGCUAUGCUGAAAAACCCAGCAAUUUUGCUCUUAGAUGAGGCAACAAGUUCUUUGGAUUCUGAGUCAGAAAAGCUAGUGCAAGAGGCCCUUGACAGGUUCAUGAUUGGCAGGACUACUCUUGUCAUUGCCCAUCGGCUCUCCACCAUACGCAAGGCUGACCUUGUAGCUGUACUCCAGCAGGGUAGUGUUAGUGAAAUAGGAACGCAUGACGAGCUGAUUGCCAAAGGAGAAAAUGGUGUGUAUGCCAAGCUCAUCAGAAUGCAGGAGAUGGCACAUGAAACAGCUCUAAACAAUGCCAGAAAGAGUAGUGCAAGACCUUCUAGUGCAAGGAACUCAGUGAGCUCACCAAUAAUUGCUCGUAAUUCCUCAUAUGGCCGAUCACCAUACUCUCGCAGGCUAUCUGACUUUUCUACUUCAGACUUUAGUCUCUCUCUUGAUGCCUCAUUCCCCAAUUACCGACUUGAAAAGCUUCCUUUCAAGGAGCAAGCUAGUUCCUUCUGGCGCCUUGCAAAGAUGAAUUCUCCUGAAUGGGUCUAUGCUCUGGUUGGUUCUAUUGGGUCUGUUAUUUGCGGUUCCCUUAGUGCCUUCUUUGCAUAUGUUCUCAGUGCUGUACUCAGCGUCUACUAUAAUCCAAACCAUGCUUAUAUGAGCAGAGAGAUCGCAAAAUACUGCUAUUUGCUAAUCGGGCUGUCAUCAGCUGCACUGAUAUUCAAUACACUACAGCAUUCCUUCUGGGAUAUUGUGGGAGAAAACCUUACAAAACGAGUGCGGGAGAAAAUGCUGGCUGCAGUUCUCAAAAAUGAAAUGGCAUGGUUUGAUCAGGAGGAACAUGAGAGUGCUAGGAUUGCAGCAAGAUUGGCUCUUGAUGCAAACAAUGUCAGAUCAGCCAUUGGAGACAGAAUUUCAGUGAUCGUACAGAAUACAGCACUCAUGCUUGUUGCUUGCACUGCAGGGUUUGUUUUGCAGUGGCGCCUUGCCCUUGUCCUCAUUGCUGUCUUCCCUUUGGUUGUUGCAGCAACCGUUCUGCAGAAAAUGUUCAUGAAUGGUUUCUCUGGAGACCUAGAAGCUGCUCAUUCCAAGGCCACACAAUUGGCAGGAGAGGCCAUAGCCAAUGUGAGGACUGUUGCUGCCUUCAAUUCAGAGGCAAAAAUAGUGGGUCUUUUCUCUGCCAAUCUCGAAGUGCCUUUACGACGUUGCUUUUGGAAGGGACAGAUUGCAGGAAGUGGAUUUGGGAUAGCUCAGUUUUCUCUUUAUGCUUCUUAUGCUCUUGGUCUUUGGUAUGCAUCCUGGCUAGUGAAGCAUGGAAUAUCCGAUUUCUCAAAGACAAUCCGAGUUUUUAUGGUCCUCAUGGUCUCUGCCAAUGGCGCAGCUGAAACAUUAACCUUGGCGCCUGACUUCAUUAAGGGUGGUCGAGCUAUGCGCUCAGUCUUUGAACUACUUGACCGUAAAACUGAAAUUGAACCUGAUGAUCCAGAUGCUACCCCAGUUCCUGACCGUCUUCGUGGAGAAGUUGAACUGAAGCAUGUAGACUUUUCUUAUCCCGCUCGUCCUGAUGUUCCAAUCUUCCGCGACCUCAAUCUUCGCGCACGAGCUGGGAAAAUUCUUGCCCUUGUGGGUCCUAGUGGAUGUGGUAAGAGCUCUGUCAUUGCUCUCAUACAGAGAUUCUACGAGCCAUCAUCUGGCCGUGUGAUGAUUGAUGGAAAGGACAUCAGAAAAUACAAUCUCAAGUCCCUAAGAAAGCACAUUGCAAUAGUCCCUCAGGAGCCAUGCCUCUUUGCUACUUCCAUUUAUGAAAACAUUGCAUACGGGAAUGAGUCGGCAACUGAGACUGAAAUAAUUGAAGCCGCUACUUUGGCCAAUGCCCAUAAGUUCAUAUCUGCAUUGCCAGAUGGGUACAAAACAUUUGUAGGGGAGAGGGGAGUUCAGUUAUCUGGUGGGCAGAAGCAGAGAAUUGCCAUUGCUCGGGCUUUAAUAAGGAAGGCUGAGCUUAUGCUACUCGAUGAAGCAACAAGUGCACUAGAUGCUGAAUCUGAGAGGUCUGUCCAGGAAGCUCUGGAUCGUGCUUGCUCAGGAAAGACCACAAUAGUUGUUGCACACCGGCUAUCAACUAUAAGAAAUGCUCAUGUCAUUGCUGUUAUAGAUGAUGGUAAAGUAGCAGAGCAAGGAUCACACUCACAUCUUCUGAAAAAUUAUCCUGAUGGGUGUUAUGCCCGCAUGAUACAGUUACAAAGGUUCACUCAUAGCCAAGUCAUUGGAAUGGCAUCAGGAUCAAGUUCCUCGACUAGACCUAAAGAUGAUGAAGACAGGGAAGGGUAG